CCCCUUUCUCCACUAAGGUCCUUGCAGCGUCUCUCCGUACUUUUACAAUUCAAAGGUUAACUUUGAAAUACACAUCAUCGGAUUGAAAUGGAACUCUACACCGUAUUCAAGAAGACCGUCAAACAGGCCGUCCUGAAGGCCACUCUCAUGGGCGCCGUGCUGGGCCUUGGUGCCCUGCUCGGCGGCGCGGCGUGGAAGGCCGCGACCACCGCCUCGCGGGUGUGCGAGGCGGUGCAGGCGUGGGAGGACAAGGGCCUCCACGCCACCAACGUGUGGCGGGCGCGGGAGGUGCUGGCCCGCCAAGGGUGGCUCGGCCCCCUGCGCCCCAGUCCCCCUCUGGACCCCCUGGAGGCUUGCGGGCUGGUGCCGGGCGAGGCGUCGGCCUGCUGGUGGCGGCUGCUGCUGCAGCCUCGCCAGGCAGGGCGGCUCCUUGCCUGCCUGGAGGAGCGGGUGGUCGAGGCCGAGCACGACCACGAGGCUUUCGGGGCCCGCCUGUGCUGGGGCAUCAUCCUGGCGCUGGUGGUGCCUCUGGGCCUAGUGGCCGCGCGUAGCCUCGUCCGCCGCUGGGUAAUAGGAGUUAAUGGGCAUCAGGCGAGCCCAAGCGCCGACUGUUUUGUGGAUGCCCCUGAAGCCGAUGCCGGCGAGGCACUGGUGGAAGAUUGGGCAACCCCGGCAGCCGAUAGUGAUGUAAUAGAGGAAACUUGGACAACAGCGACAGCAGCUGUAGAAGAGAUCACUGAAGAGGAAUGCUGGGCAACGCCAGCAGAGUAUGUGGAGGAGUUGAUGGUGAAGGAGGAGGACAGCAAGCCAACGGAAGCAGAUGAUAAUUCUGUAGGCGCAGAGUCUACACCUACAGACUUACCCCCUGCUGCUGACGACUGUGUGGAGUGUGUGGAGGAGCAAGAUCCUGAGGAAAUGAACGUGUUGGCCACCGCAGAGAAUGUGGAGUGUGAGGAAGUGAAGGAAGAAGGCGGUGGCGAAGAGAACACGGAGCUGGAAAGAACAGAUGAUGAUGCGGAUAACAACGCCGCCGAUAAAACAGAGGAAGCGGCCGACGAGCCGCAAGUUCCUGGCGAGUUUGUGCAGGACAAAGUGGUGAGCGAGGACCCCGAGGGUCUCGCGGGCCAAGAGCCGCAGAAUAGCUUGCUGGUGGCAGAGGCGUUGCCCUUCGAGGGGAAGACAGUCACGAAUAGGAAAAGGAAAAGGAGGCGCAAGAAGCUGGACCCUGCCGUAGAUGUGCUGAAGGCAUCUGGUGACGCACAUGUCAAAGACGAACACAAGACGGAUGCCAAGACUGACGUCAAGAAGAAGAAGGCGCAAAAGGCUGAGACCAAAGGAAAGGCUGUGCCAAAGGCUGAGGUCAAUGGAAAGACGGUGCCAAAGGCUGAGACCAAGGGAAAGGCGGUGCCAAAGGCUGAGACCAAAGGAAAUGCGGUACCAAAGGCUGAGGUCAAGGGAAAGGCGGUGCCAAAGGCUGAGGUCAAGGGAAAGGCGAUGACUCCUGCUGAUGAGAAACAGACCAAAGCAGUGAAGAACAACGCCGCCGAUAAAACAGAGGAAGCGGCCGACGUGCCGCAAGUUCCUGGCGACUUUGUGCAGGACAAAGUGGUGAGCGAGGACCCCGAGGGUCUCGCGGGGGAAGAGCCGCAAAGCAGCACGCUCCCGGCGGAGGCGUCGCCCUUCAAGGGGCAGACGGCCACGAAAAAGAAGAGAAGGAAGCGCAAGAACCUUGGCCCCACCGAUGUGCUGAAGGCAUCUGGUGACGCACAUGUCAAAGACGAACACAAGACGGAUGCCAAGACUGACGUCAAGAAGAAGAAGGCGCAAAAGGCUGAGACCAAAGGAAAGGCUGUGCCAAAGGCUGAGGUCAAUGGAAAGACGGUGCCAAAGGCUGAGACCAAGGGAAAGGCGGUGCCAAAGGCUGAGACCAAAGGAAAGGCGGUGCCAAAGGCUGAGACCAAAGGAAAGGCGGUACCAAAGGCUGAGGUCAAGGGAAAGACGAUGACUCCUGCUGAUGAGAAAAAAACCAAAGCAGUGAAGAAGAAUACUACGGUGAAGCAGGUCACGCGGACGAAAAAGAAGCCCGCCCCGGCCCAGCCCAAGGCAGCCCCGCCCAGCCCGCCCCUCAACAGCGUGCGGCAGUCCUGGCAGGAGGACGUGGUGACGGUGCGGCUGCCGGUGCCGCCGGCCAGACGCAGGCACGUCAUCGGCCCGCGCGGGGACACGGUCCGGCAGCUGCGGCGGGACUACCCCGGCGUGCACGUGGCGGUGCCGCUGCCGAAGGACGCCGACGCCCACGUAACCUUCAGGGGCCCCAAGAGCCAGGCGGUCGCCGCAUCGCGGGAAGUCGCCGCGCGCCUCCAGGAAAUCGAGGCUCAGAUACGCGAGGCUGCACGGCUCCGCCAGCAGGCCGUGGCCACGGCGGUGCUGGACGUGGCGCCCAACAGGCGGCGCCUCGUGGUGGGCCCCGGGGGCGAGGAGCUCCUGAAGCUGCAGCAGCAGCACCCCGGCGUGAGGGUGUCCGUGCCGCCCGCCAUCGACACGGAGUCCCGCAGCGUCACCAUCACGGGGCCGCCCGCCGAGGUGCGCGCCGUCCAGGCCAAGAUCAAGAACCGCCUGGCAGCGAUCGAGCGGCAGCGGCAGCUCCUGCGGGCCCGCAGGCGGCGGCGACACCAAGGAACGGCUUCUGCGUCAGGGGCUUCCCCGGCCAAGGGUUGCUAAGGUGUUGACGCGUUUCGCAUGUAGCAGCUGCGUCAGUGUCCAAACAGUGUUGUGGCUGCCCGCGAGGAGUGUUUCAGGGUUUUCACGGAGUUUACUUAACUGUGUUUCUUACUUAGUAUCUG